CUUCAAUGACAAUUAUCCCUUGAACAUUGGCCAUUCAGUCGGACAUAGGAUGAUCAAUCCAUGUUUGUUUACAUGAAUUGUCAUUACGUAUGCAAUAAUGAAUUUAGUUAUAUAAACGACGAUGAAUCUUCUUUUUUAAUCAGAGCCAACCUUCUCCUUUCGUUGAACUCUCAUUACUUUCUUUUUGAAUUCCUUUCAACUUACAAGGCUUCAUUUCGAAAUCAUUCAAUUCACUAUUCCAAUCAGAUAUUUGGUUGUGUAGUAGUUGUAUUCCGAAUCCAAGUUCUUUUGCUGAAGGAAUCCGUCUUUUCUUGUCACCGAGUACUUCUCAAACACGGCUGUCAUUUUUUGUCAUUAACCAUAUCGUAUUGAUUCCGCCCCUGGAACCAAUAACGAAAAGCAUCCGUAUAUCCAUUCCAAUUUUUGUCUUUAAAAAGAAUUCUUUUUUGUAUUUCCAUUAAGAUCUUACAAUGAGUCUCUUGAAGCCCAUUGCUACCGGAGCUCCUAGUUCCACUUUCCCUCAAAGAGACCAUCCUUUACAACCCAAGGGAAUUUCUGUCUCCGACAAACCCAUUCAAACUAACAAAUACUACGGUAACUUUUUUCUGGGAGACCAAAAGUUCCCAAACUUUCCCCAACCAUACUCAUUGACAUGGCGGAAUAACGAUGAUCACUUCUCUGGUCUGGCCAUCAGUCAUAUCGACGCUGACCAAUAUACGUACGGACCUGAUGCUAGCAAAGAUCCUACGGAAUACUACAUCAAUCCUGCCGGAUUAUUCUCGAUAAUCAUUUCUGCCAAUGAAUUUUCUUCCGGUAACAAGCUUUCCGCUACUGAUUCCCGUCAUUUCUCUGUUCAGCUUACUCUUGAACCAUCUCAAUCAUCUUCCGGAAGCAUCACCAUUCCCAUUGUUACCGGAAGUGCAUUCAUUAGUUCAGUCUACAAGGACUUGACUCCUGUCUUCAAUUCCUCCAUUUUCGUCAAGUCUCUUGACAAGGGCAACAUUAAAGGUGGUACCAAGUACAAGGUUACUUUGAACGAUAACAAGGUUUGGCUUAUUUAUGCUUUUCCUUCGGAUUCCAGCUCUUUUGAGUUGAAAAAAGACAGCAAUAGUAAGUUGACUGCUUCAUCGAAGUUUAACGGACUUAUUCAAAUCAGCAAAGUUCCCGUUGAUAGUGUUAAUAACGGUGCUGGUGAAAAGGUUUAUGACCAAUAUGCUGGCGUUUACCCAACUGGCAUCACUUUAAGUGCAAAUGUCUCCAAUAAUACUGGUGAAUACUGGUUUACUUUUGACAAGGCUGGUGACAAAUCCAAGAGCCCUCUUGUGUAUGCUCUUCCUCACCAUCAGAACACUUUUGGCUCUGACACUCAAAAAGCUAAAACUAGUUUGUCCCUUCAGACCACAGUCAUGGGUGCCGCCGUUGCCUAUGCAGCUGACAAAUGGCAUUUGGUAGAAAAUAACCUCCCGACUGAUGUUGAAUUUCUUCCACUUCCCUGGAACGGAGGAAAGUCAAACUACUCGAAUGAUACUUUGAAUACAAUUAAACAGGCUUGUGAAAAUGACAUUAAAUUUGAUGUCGAAAGUGCCUCUGAUACCAAUAGCAUGUAUGCAUCAGGUAAAAUUUUGGCAAAAUAUGCUCAAGUUUGCUUGGUGGCUGCUAAGAUUUUGAAGGACGACAAUUUGGCUAAUACUGGCCGUGAAAAGUUACAAAAAGCCCUUCAAAGAUUCGUUGAUAACAAACAGCAGUUCCCUCUUAACUACGACAAAACCUACAAGGGUCUUAUUAGUACCGCUGGUCUCAAGGAACCCCUUGCUGACUACGGUAACACUUACUACAAUGACCAUCAUUUCCACUACGGCUAUCACGUUUAUGCAAUGGCUGUUGCUGGAACAUUGAAUUCGGGCUGGAUCUCGGAUUCUCAAACCGAUUUUGUUAAUGACUUGUUACGUGAUGCAGCAAAUCCCGUUGAAAACGAUCAAUACUUCCCCUUCUUCCGUUCCUUCGACUGGUACGCCGGUCACUCUUGGUCUAAGGGUUUGUUUGCAAGUGGUGAUGGUAAAGACGAAGAAUCAACUUCGGAAGAUUACAACUUUUACUAUGCCAUGAAGCUCUGGGGAAUAGUUAAAAAUAACAACGACAUCAUUGCUUUAGCUAACUUGAUGUUGGGAGUGAUCAGAACUAGCAUGAACUCAUACAUCUAUAUUACUCCCAAAAACAAGAUUGAACCUGAAAAGAUUCGUGGUAAUUAUGUCGCUGGUAUCACCUUUAUGAACAAGGUUGACUAUGCUACCUACUUUGGCGAUAAAGUCUAUUACAAGCAAGGAAUUCACAUGAUUCCUAUCACUCCAAUCAGUGGUUACGUCCGUAAUCCUACCUACGUGAAGGAAAGUUGGGAUGCUACGCUUGCUCCAAUUAUUGAUAGCUUUUCAAACAGUUGGACAGGUAUUGUUUACUCCAAUUAUGCCAUUACUGAUCCCAGCGCUGCCUGGAAGGAAUUUACUUCUUCUAACUUCAAAGACUCUAAUAUCGAUAAUGGUGCUUCUAAGACAUGGUAUUUGGCAUUGGCGGCUGGUAUGGGUGCUUCUACUUGAAGUCGUACUCGUGAUGCGAAAAGACGUUGAACACGUAAUGAAAGCAAUGAAUGAAAGGACGGUUACCAACCGGAAGGCUCAGCACCCUCUUUACUGAGCGUGCUUUUUUAAGCAAGUUGUUUAACGUUGUUUAAAUAAAUUUACAUGCUACUUGCAGAGGCAAAGUUGGUAGUUUUAAACAAUAUUGAAGAUGUAGGC